AUGCAAAAGCAGAGGGAAGAAGAUUACAUAAUCAGGUUUUUGGAAGGCUUGAAUGAAGACUAUGAGACUAUCAAGUCUGGAAUUCUGGUUAUGGACCCCAUUCCAGAUAUGGAAAAGGUGUUGAAUAUGGCCCUGAAGCUUGAAAGAAAAAUUAGGGGAUCAAUGAUGUUAAAAUGCAAUGAAAUUAAUCAGUCCAAUGCAGUUUUCAACAAUCAGAAUCAGGCUGAAUCUGAAGAAUCUGUUGUGGCAGUCACAGCAUCAAACAAUAGAAGGAAAUUCACUAAUAAUGGAGGCAAGAAUGUGCCUAAAUGCACAUUUUGUGGCAUGCUUGGUCACACAAUUGAGAAAUUCUACAAGAAGCAUGAGUACCCUCCGAGAUGGAACCAGAGCCAUGGAAAUCAAGGCUCAAGUAGUGUAGCUGUGACAGUCACCACCCCUGGGAUCAGAUUAGACUUCAAAAGCUCUGCAGAAGUGCAUGAUGAAGCAUGGAUACUGGACUCAGGGGCAAUAGACCAUAUAAUUUGUUCAUUGGACUAUUUUGAACAAUGUUCUGAGGUUCAGGGAUUAUCUGUUAAAUUACCAAAUGGUGAAACUAUAAAUGGACAUCUUGGAACAAUGGCUGGUUUUGCUAGUGAGAGGAAUGGUCUAUACCUAAUUACUGAUCCUCCUGCCAAGAAGAAGCCAAUUGAUUCUAAUAAGAAACUUGGUGAUUUUGUAUGUGAUGCCUGUCAUUUUGCUAAACACAAAAGGCUGCCCACUGAGGUGCUUAAUGGAAAUACUCCUUCCAAGGUGUUAACAGGGAAAAAUAUAGAUUAUGGCCAACUCAGAAUUUUUGGCUGUUUGAGUUUUGGUACUACUGUUUCACAGUGA